AUGCAACUCAAAGUGGCCAGUCGAUACCCUAACAUCCGCGGCGUGUACGUGGAGACCGACCAAUUCGAAGGGCGCCCGGCUUAUGUGAAGAGAGACGCCUCGGAGACGUGGCUGUUCUUCUCUGCCAGAUUCGGAAGCUCCCCUUGCUGGUAUUUCGCCAAAGACCUGCCUAAGGCAGGAGCUUUGGAGUCUUUCGUGCGAUCUUCCGAUGCUGCGGAGUCCCCUCAACUUGCUGACUGGCCACGGGACGUAACGUUUCUAGGCGAGGCCGAGCAGAAUGCGCAGGCGCAGCCAGAAGUGGCGUGCGUCGAAUGCAAGGCUUUGCAGGAGCUUUCAAACGAACUGCGCUGUGCUCGCUGUCAUCCCGAGACAGCCGAUGUCGUAACAGCCUUGUCCCUUUUGCGUCCGCUUGUUGGUGCUUCUGACCUGAACUUGCUGGCAAAAGGCUGCCAGGUUGAUGAGUCCAUCAGGCAAAGCCUCGAAAAAGUUCUCCAGGCCUCGAACUUGGGUUUGUCAGAGCCGGUGUUCCUGCGACAGCCACCAGCCUGUGUGGAGAUUGGGGCAGGCACAGCUUCUCUAACAUGUCUGGCUGUCAGCCUCCAGGGCACCGUUCGUUAUCAGUGGUACAAGGACUCAGUUCCACUUCACAGAGCUGAGCGCCCCCGGCUGGUGGUGAGCGGAACGCCCGCUGAUGAAGGCCAGUACACAUGCACCGCGACUGCUGGCCUGGCUGCUGUCAGCUCGUCUGCAUGUGUGCUUCAGCUCUCCGCUGCCGCGCAUGCAUCCCGCCGCGAAGAGGCGGCGCGGCGUGCUCGUGUGGAGUCUCCCAUGCGCCGUGCUGCUGGUGCUGUUCAGCUGGGCCAGCUCCCACGUGCAGUCAUGCUCCUCUCAGAGGCCAUCCAAGCCGCCACAGAUAAUGAGGCUUCGCGUGCAGAAGCUCUUUGCCUCCGCGCCGAGCUUCAUGUCCAGCUCGGGCAGUGGCAGGAUGCCUUUGCAGACGCCAGCGAUGCCCUGGCGCUAAUUCCGAGCCUGGCCAGGGCCCACGCAGCAAGAGGGGAAGCUGCUGAGCAGCUGGGCUUCUUGGCAGAGGCUGCAAGUAGCUGGGAGACUGCGGAGCUUCUUGGAGGAAUCCCUCAAGCAGCUGCGCGAGCGGAGGCCUGCCGACAGAAGCUGCACCAUUUCUUUGCAGAGCAAAGUGCCAAGUGGCAGGGACCGGAAGGCACUUCGAGAGCAAGCGAUCCUGAGGAGUCAUGGCGUCGGCAAGGCUGGAAUGGGAGGAAUGCAGGUGCAUAUUAUGCGGGCAGCUUUCCUGGUGCUGGGGCCCAGGCCCAGGCACCGCAACCUUCCCUCAGCCCCACGUUGCAGCAGCACCUGCAGGUCUUGGAGCUGCCAACGUCGUCUCUUCCGACUUCGGAUGCUUUACGUAGUGCCUAUCGUAGACUCGCACUUCAACAGCAUCCAGACAAAGGAGGAUCGACUUCAGCCUUCCAGGCUCUUCAAAAUGCUUACGAAGCACUUCUGAAAGCGCUCUGA